CCUCUUCCUCCUCCUCCUCCUCCUCCUCCCGGCUCCUCGGCGGCGCAGAGCAGCGGCAGCAGCGGCGGCGGCGGCAGCAGCCACCCGAUGUCUUCGGCGCCCGAGAAGCAGCAGCCCCCGCUCGGCAGCGGCGGCGGCGGGGGAGGCGGCGCGGCCAUGGACCCUGCGUCGUCCGGCCCGUCCAAGGCCAAGAAGACGAACGCCGGUAUCCGGCGCCCGGAGAAGCCGCCCUACUCGUACAUCGCGCUCAUCGUCAUGGCCAUCCAGAGCUCGCCCAGCAAGCGCCUGACCCUCAGCGAGAUCUACCAGUUCCUGCAGGCGCGCUUCCCCUUCUUCCGCGGUGCCUACCAGGGCUGGAAGAACUCGGUGCGCCACAACCUCUCGCUCAACGAGUGCUUCAUCAAGCUGCCCAAGGGGCUCGGGCGGCCGGGCAAGGGCCACUACUGGACCAUCGACCCGGCCAGCGAGUUCAUGUUCGAGGAGGGCUCCUUUCGGCGGCGGCCGCGCGGGUUCCGGAGGAAGUGCCAGGCGCUCAAGCCCAUGUACAGCAUGAUGAACGGGCUGGGCUUCAAUCACCUCCCGGACACCUACAGCUUCCAGGGCUCGGCCGGCGGCCUCUCGUGCCCACCCAACAGCCUGGCACUGGAGGGCGGCCUGGGCAUGAUGAACGGCCACUUGCCGGGCAACGUGGACGGCAUGGCCCUGCCCAGCCACUCCGUGCCCCACCUGCCCUCCAACGGCGGCCACUCGUACAUGGGCAGCUGUGGUGGCACUGCGGCCGGCGAGUACCCCCACCACGACAGCUCUGUGCCGGCCUCCCCGCUGCUGCCCGCUGCCACCAGCGGGGUUAUGGAGCCGCACGCCGUCUACUCGGGCUCGGCGGCUGCCUGGCCGCCCUCAGCCUCAGCAGCCCUCAACAGUGGCGCCUCUUACAUCAAGCAGCAGCCCCUGUCCCCCUGUCCGCCUGCUGCCAACCCCCUGUCUGGCAGCCUCUCCACGCACUCCCUGGACCAGCCCUACCUGCACCAGAACAGCCACAACACCCCGGCGGAGCUCCAAGGCAUCCCGAGGUAUCAUUCGCAGUCGCCCAGCAUGUGUGACCGAAAGGAAUUCGUCUUCUCUUUCAACGCCAUGGCCUCCUCGUCCAUGCACUCGGCCGGCGGGGGCUCCUACUACCACCAGCAGGUCACCUACCAGGACAUCAAGCCCUGCGUGAUGUGAGGCCGGCCGGGACCCUCCCUCCGGCACUGGCCGGCCGGCCCGGGGACCUCGGAGCCACGGCCAGAACUGCUUCCUUCUCGAGGUAUAACCUGCAGCAGCAGAACAGAGGUUGGCCCCUCCCCAGCCAGCCGGGAUGUUUGGAAAGAAGUCCCCAAGGUCCGGCCAGCGGGUCAGCGCCGAGAUCUGUGCUGGCAGCUCCUUCAGAUCCCUCACGGAUUUUUAAACAAGUGGCUGCGGUGGGGCCCGGUGGUGGGACCGCAGCUGCGGGGGGAAGGAGCGUCCCUGUCGUCGGCUUGGUCGGUCGCGGGAGGCCAGUUUGGGGACGACCUGCCACCUCCAGACAAGAACUCUGCUGAGUGCCCUCCCCUGCCCACGGCAGGCUGGGGGAGGUUUAACAAGAAAGGCAAGAGAGCGAGACCAAUCAUUAUCAAAUACUUUUAUUUUUUGGUUGAGUAUUUAUCUUUUUAUUUUUAACUUUUUUGAAAGAAUGUCUUGGACCGCGCGAGCCUCCCGGGAGAGCCGUCAUUUGUCGUUUGGGUGCGGGAAGGGGACCAGGCCGGGCGCUGCCUUCCCUCCGCAGACACAGGUGGAUCUUGGCAUGUGCAGAACUCGGGGCUCCGAAGCCACUGUUCCUCUUCAGAGAAAACACAAGGGGCCGCGGCCCGCGCCCCUCGGCCGGCUGUCCAGGCUGUCCAGGCUGUCCAGCCCUGCGUCCGCCACCUUCCUCCCUCCGCCCUCCCUCCCAGUCCAGUUUCGUUUUCCUUCCUGGUGGGCGUUUUUCUGUCUCCCAAGCUCUACUGUAGACUUUCUGGUCCGAGGAUGAAGCUCACACAGCGCCAGGCGGGAUGGGGGGCCCGGGACCUCGAACUCCGCAUCGCGGUGACGCAGAAAGGUUAAGGCACUUUUUAAAAAACUCUAGCAAGGCUCAUCCUGGUAUUUAUUCUCCUUUCUUUCCCUAAUAAUCCAAGCACCGCACGGUUUCUCCGUUUAUCAGUAUUAAUGGUGUAACUUCGUUGGCAAUAUUUGCCGGGUAGGAUUUUUUUGAGAUGCCCAUUGUAAAUUUAAAACAAAGACCGAACCAUGUGAAAACAAAUUCCCAUAUGUUUUAUAUAAAUAUAUAUAAUAUGAAGGACUUACCCCCCUUUUCUAGUAUUUCGGCUGCUGGGGUGCAGCCUUUGUGACACGUAUUUCCAAUUUCCUUCUGCACUGUAUAAAAUGACAAUUUGAGGAUGUUUUGCCUUUUGUGUAUUUUUUCCUAAAAAAAGAACAAAAAUAAAAAUGUGUAACAUUUGUA